AUGUCGACCUCUGCCAAAGCGACAAAGAAGAGUGCAUUCUCCUGCGAACCAUGUCGAAGACGGAAGGUCAAAUGCGGAGGGGAGCAGCCCGUGUGCAACCGCUGUGCAUCGAGAAGGGAUGAGUGCGUCUACAAGUUGAACCCAACUUUAUCUUACACCCAACGCCUCGAGCAACGCAUCAAGGAGCUUGAGGACCAAUUGGCAGGGCACCACCUCUCUGGUCGUUCGAGAUCUCCCAUCUCGACGCACCCGUCAUCCUCUCACUCGAGCCCACCAUCCUUUUCGUCGCACGAUGCCCCGUCGUCGAGUCGCGUGCCUGGCGACGAGCUCGGUGUGCAGCGCAGAUUCCGCGGCCUAAAGGUCGACGACAAGGGAGGCGUCAUCUACCAAGGAGCUACCAGCUUCUUCCACCUGCCCAACGACCGUACUGGAGGCGGCGCGGGCAACAGAUUUCUGCCUCUGACAGAGGUCGACGUGCAGAGGCGCGAGCGUCUCGUCACCAACGCCUGGCAGCAACGGGCAUUGGAGAAUCUCUCAGAGAUUCCAGAGCCAUUCCAAUACCUUCUCAAUGUGCACUGGUGCUGGAUACAGCCUCUGUUCAAUUUUGUGUAUCGACCGGCGUUUACGCGUGACAUGCAGACCCUGGGCCCCUAUUACUCCCACACCCUGCUCAAUGCCAUGCUUUCGCACUCGAUACGCUGGGGGAAAAGCGACCCCGCGACAAGACAGCUGUUGGAUGAGUCCUACGAAGGGGGCGUCGUCUUCGGGAAGCAUGCAAGGGCCCUCGUGUUUGAGGAGCUCAGCAACGGCAUCGUCACCGUCCCCACGAUCCAGACGCUCCUCCUCCUCAGCGCGCAGGAAUGCGGGUUUGGGAACGCAACGCAAGCGUGGACCUACAGUGGUCUUGCCUUCCGCCUCAUAGACCAUCUUGGCAUCUGCGUCGAUGGCACGCAGGUCUUGAACACGAGCAUGAGCGACGAGGAAGCUGAGAUUCGGCGUCGGCUUUUCUGGAGCUGCUACUUCUGGGACAAGAUGAUCAGUCUGUACCUUGGUAGGGCGCCGUCGAUGCAGCACUCGGCUGUCUCGCCGCCCCAUGUCAUGUUUGAUGAUUCUGCCGAAAACGACCCGUGGACGCCUUUUGGCAUGCAAGCUGGCCCGGCCUAUAGCUACCCACCGACACCGGCGCACUCGGCCUCGUGCUUCACGAGCAUGUGCCAGCUGUCCGUCAUCUUCAACCAGAUUCUCGUGCACAUGUAUGACCCCAUGUCGCAGAAUACCGAAGAAGAGGUGGACGACUGUGUGCGGACGCAGGAGGCCGCACUGCAACAGUGGUGGGACAUGCUCCCGCCGUUUUUACGCCUCGACGCGACGUCCCUGCCUGCGAUGGCGCCACCGUCGCACAUUGUGACUCUCAACUGUCUAUACCACACAUUCAGGAUUCUCCUGUACCGACCAGUGCUCACACGGGUCAAUAAGGAUGCCGAGAAUCCAGCCCCGAUACAAAAGUACUUGAUCGACUGUGUGACCUCGGCAACGUCCAUCAUUGCCAUCUUCAACCUCUUCUGCAAGACCUUUAGCACCAAUUACUGCGUGCUGUCGCUGUCGUAUAGCGUAUACAUCGCCGCUACCAUUUACCUGCUGCAAGUGCAGGCUUUUCCAAACGACCACCAGGCUUUGCAACGCCUGGACUACUGCAUCAGGGGGCUGAACGAGGUCAAGCGAUACAGUCCUAUUAUCGGCGGAGCUCUCAAUCUCAUCAACAAGGAGCUGGCCUCUCUAGGGAUCAGCCUAAAGUCCUCUGCCUACAUGACGCCGGACCCUACCAGUGCAGUCCCAGAAGGACCGGCACAGAGCCCGUUUUACGCGGCCCAUAGAUCCAAUAGCUUUCAUGGCAUCCCUCUGACCAACAGCCCGACCCCUUCGACUGACCUUGGCCCCCAGCAACACAGGGGGUUCGAUACAUUCGGGCCGUCCGAUACGACGGCUAUGGAGCCCGGCAUGUAUGAAGCCAUGUCCUCCCUCGAGCCGCUGAGUGCCUGGGUCGGUACCAUCCACAACUUUGACCCUGCCUAG